GCAUAUAACACAGCAUGCUUUUACUCGGCAAACUUAUGAAUAUGUUUUUACUGGAAAGGAUGCAUAUGAUACAUUAUAUUAUAUCUUAGGUGAUAGAAAUUGGGGAGUCAGACAUUAUAUUCAAAGGCAACAAACCGCUGUAAUUUUAGUUACACCAAUUAGUUAUGAUUCCGAAAUGAACAGUUCAAUUGAAGAUCAAGACAAAUUUGAUG